UUUCGUCCGCCCCAGGGCUCUUCCUCUCGUUGGAGGUCCGCACGUUGCAUUUGUUGCUCUUAAAAAGGACAUUUAACGUGUGUGCAACCACAUUUAGGAUGCAUUAAGUAGUAUGGAAGAGUUUCUGGCAGAGUUUGAGGAGCUGAGCAGUGUUAAUGUUAAAUGGCUCCAGAAUUUGUACAGGUUUACGGAAGAGAAUCUCCUUCCUCUAGUGUAUUCUGAAAUUACUUGCAAGGAGCUGAGCAGCUGUCUUUUGAAAUGCCUGUGCAGAGUUUGUCUCAAUUCCAGUAAUCCCUGCUGCCAACAAGGAGAAGAUGGACUUAUUCUUCCUUUAAACUACAGGUUUAUCUCUCUCUCUGAGCUACAAUCACAGCAGAAGAGCCCAUGUUGUAGUCAUCUAACGUGGAGCACCAGUCAGUUCGAGCAAUGGACUCUGGACAAAGAAAGCUUUCUAGUUGGUCACAAGGCACUCAGUAGAACAAACUUGUUGCUGUGUGGUUUCCUGACAGACAAGAUCUGUAUUACCCAAGGUACUUCAGAGGGUACAGGACACUGGAGUGAUGGAAACUUGUACCUGCAGAGCAAGAAUGGAUUCAUUCCUUGUGAGAUUCUUGAACUGGAUCUGCAAUGGUUGGAGCAUUUGGUACUGUUUCCGAGCUGGACUUAUAUUCCUCUGAGUGGUGGAGGUUCAAGACCCAGAGGGCUAUCAGCUGGUUAUCUUGAAAUAAAUGAAGCCCCUUACCUUGUGCUUCCAAAACAGUCAGUUGGGAACUUUUUGGAACCAAGAGCCCUCAAUGUAUUACUGCCCGAUGUAGCUAUACAUCUCCUGGACAAAGAAUUUCUUUGCCAAAGAGUGAAGCUGAACAUAGCUGGAGAACUUUGCCGCCUCAGCUCAGUUUUGAGCAUCCGAGGGAAAAUCUUCUUCUUCUUCUUUCUCAGCUCAUUUACAACUGAUACUUGUCUUCCAGUUGUCAUUCAGGUUCCUGCCAAGCUAAUGUGGCACCAUUGCCUUGAGGUUUCAAAACAAUACAUUAUAACAAAGGUCUUCGUUUCCAGUCUCCAGGGCACCAAUUAUAAGGUGUUCGUAGUGUCGUCAUCUUCUGACUUCUAUAUUUAUAAUGAGGGACUAGUGAAAGAACAAACGCUGGCAGAAUUUAUGCAAGCUUCAGAUACAAAUCCAGUGCCACCUCCUUCCAAUAAAGAAUCUUUGCAGAAUAGACCAUCAAUGGACUGGUCAACUCAAAGCACCAUAGAAGAGGUUUUUGAGAACAAAGAAUCUAAAAUAAUUUCUUACCGUGGUGUGAUAAGUAAAGUAUUAAAUUUUAGAGCAGGUCUUUAUGAACUGGAUGGCAAAGUUGGUCUUUGUGUGGCCUACCAGCAGUUAGUGAAUUAUGGCCGUGGUUUACGUCCUGGAGCACAAGUGGAGGUCUCUGAUGCCCACAUGCAUGUGAAGAUAGCUGACCAUCUCCCACAAAUCAUGCUCUGCUGCUGUCUGAGGAGCACUUUGCAAAUCAAAGGAUUUUCUCGGCUAAGUACAGGAUAUCAUCCCUUCUCUCCCAGUUGCAACAUAUACAUCAGCCUGCUGUUCAAGUAUAAUCUGGAUCUGCCCAGUUAUUUGUGGCUAGUUCAUGUUAUAGACACACUUGUACAAAGGUUUUGCCCUUGCUUUACUUCACAAAAACACAUGCUAAAGUGUGGAAGUGAUGCUGGCAUCAUUGGAACAUUUUUUAGCUCAAUUCUGAACUAUACUAAGUGGAAUUUACCUAAACCAACAAGGGACAUAUACCAGGAGAUCCUGGCUGAGUCGCAUCACUGUCCUGUUAAGGAGAUCUCGCAUCUGAAUAUUCAGUGCCAGACACCAUCUUUGGCCGAAGUGUUAUCCAUCGCUGAAGAACGAGCUUGGAAAUUUCUUGACUUGUCCUCCUUGUUGCCAGAUAAUGAGAAAAAACAUCUGGUAGCUUCGCAGCUCAAUAGUAAGCUUGCUUGGUCGUUUGAAGUCUUAAAACCUGAAGAUUUCCAACCCCAGAUGAUAUUGAACGGUGUGUUCCAGGCUAAUUCAGUGACAGGUUGUUUGCAACUUGUGGAUGCAUCAGGUUCACUGGACUGUGUUGUGCAAAACUCUGAAGUAAACCAAACAGCAUUUAGUGACACCUCAUAUAUAGGCUGUCUAGUGCAGCUGCAGAGAUACCAGCUGGUUUUGGAACGAUUUAUGAACAGUGAUUUCCCAUCCUCCAAACACCUUGAUGAUCCUAACUUUGUAAAGGAGAAACACACCAGGGUCUACGUUCAGUUUUGUGCGGGCGAUCUGCAAGCACUGGGGAAAGGUGCGAGUUCAGCAAGACCAAGCCUAGCGCCUUUGCUAAUCCCUGCGCCGCCAGCCACUGGUGCAAGUGGCGAAGCCAGCAGCUGCAGUGGGGCAUGCAAAAACGAUGAGGUCAAUAGCAUCACAUCCAAUCAGCACCAGGUUGGCCCUUCCCUUCCCAAAAUGCCUCUGCUGGAGGAAGUUGUGCUGCAAGAAGGCCAUGUUGGUGAAAGUAGAAGAACUGUCUGUUCACACCCAUUAUGGACUGCCAGAGAAGCGGCGGGCUGUGCGAGCAAGAAAGGACGGCAGCAAGGAGCAGGUACUUGCAUUGGUCACCCGGCAGCAUGCAAAGGCAAGAGGAAACACGAGAGCUCCAGUGUAGGCUGCGUUACACAGUUAAUGGUAGUAACUCACAAAGAUGCCUUGAUGCUCAGGAACUGUCAAUAUGGCAGAAACGAAGGCUCUGAGCAUACUAAUGGCUCUGGCGAGGCUUUCAGCAAGAGGACUAAGGCAGGGCUGGGACUGGCUUUCCACGCUUCUGCAGUCAAUCUAGGAAGCCCCAGACAGUGGGAAGAUGAAGGAAGCAUCGAGGGAUUGCCAGAACUGGAAGCAGACCUCACUCUUUGUUCUGAAAACAACAACCGUACACAAGUGCAGUUGGAUUUCAUUGGUGAAGCUGUGCGGUGGUACCAUUUGAUAAGUCGGGGGGGAGUGUACAGAGUCAUUGGACCAAAACAGGUGGGCACGACUGUUUAUGAACAGCACUCUUCCUCUGUUCCGUUGAAGACUCUUCAGAGUUUGAAUUGCCCACGCUGCCUUGUUGUUCAGCCUGACUGGAAGUUUCAGUAUAUUUCCACAUUCUCUUGUUUACGCCAAUCCCCACUUUCCAAAAAACAGAUAGAUUUGCCUCCUUACCUUGAAAAAUUGGCCUCAGAAAUACCUCAUCCAAGCAGAAUUCAAGACGUACUCUCUGGCAGUUUCUCAGCGUCGCUUGUCUCUUUCACUGGAAUUAUAUUGGAAAGAAUGUGCUUUGAAUCCAAAAGAAGGUCCAACUUUCCAGCACUUAUAACUGAUAUAGAUACAAAAGAUGUUUGUAUUCAACUUAAGUGCACCCUGGCAGUGAAGUUAAUUUCUUGA